AUGAACCACACACAAAACCAUGUGCCAUGGCCAAUCUAUAAAGAGGUCCUGACCUGUAGGUGGGCUUCAUCUGCUCUGAACACAUUCACUAUGGGCAAGAUUGUUGCCUUUGAGGAAAAGAAUUUCCAGGGCCAUCACUAUGAGUGCAGUAGUGAGUGUGCUGAAUUGCAGACCCAGCUCACCCUCUGUAACGCCAUCCAUGUAGAUAGCAGCUGCUGGAUGGUUUAUGAGAAACCAAACCAUUCUGGUUACCAGUACAUGCUGCAUAAGGGGGAAUAUCCUGUCUACCAUGACUGGGCAGGCUUUAAUGCUUGCAUCCACUCCUGCCGCAUGGUACCUUCGUAUCAAGGAAACAAGAUGAAGAUCUUUGAGCAGUCUGAUUUUGGAGGCCAGGCCAUGGAGCUGAUGGAUGAUUGCCUAGAUCUGCGCACACACUUCCACAACAGUGACAUCAUCUCUGCCAGGGUCAUGGAAGGUUACUGGAUCCUUCACGAGCACCCCAACUAG